UCCGCUGGAUAGAUGGAUGCGCACCAAUAACCGCUCAUGGAAUUUUCCUCUGUUAUAGUCGUUAUUUACCAAAGACAACAGCAUCACUUGAUUCUCCGUUGGUUAGGCGGGAGCAUUAUCUAAUCGCCUUCUUCAUCUUUCCUGGACAUCAGAUGUUUUUGACACAUGACAGCAGUGUGUAUCAUCUAGUGUCUUUUCCCUUUACCGUUCCGCGGUGCGUCGAUUUUCUGUAACUUUUGCUCCCAAAUACGCACCUAUCAAUGUUCAGUUUAUUACCGCGCGUUAAAGAAAACAACUGGGAAUAAACAUCUUCAUCUCCCACUGAAGAACACACAUCAGUUCUCCUCAUGGAUAUUUAUUCCUCUAAAGUAUCCCGCGCUGUGGAUUAUGGAGCCGGCGCGUUUCUGCUCGUCAUUGCAAUUCUUUCCAUUUUGGGCAACUUUCUGGUUCUUGUCCUGGCGUACAAGCGGUCGAACCACAUGAAACCUCCAGAGCUCCUCAGUGUGAAUCUCGCUGUGACAGAUCUGGGAGCAGCCGUCACCAUGUACCCUCUGGCUGUAGCCUCAGCGUGGAAUCACCACUGGAUAGGAGGAGACGUCACCUGUGUCUACUAUGGCCUGAUGGGAUUCUUCUUUGGAGCGGCAAGCAUGAUGACCCUGACAAUUAUGGCUAUAGUUCGCUUCAUUGUGUCUUUGACGCUCCAGUCACCCAAGGAAAAAAUUAGCAAAAGGAAUGCAAAGAUCCUUGUGGCGACCACAUGGCUGUACGCUCUGCUGUGGGCUCUGUUUCCUCUUAUUGGCUGGGGUAAAUAUGGCCCGGAGCCCUUCGGCCUAUCCUGUACGCUGGCCUGGACAGACAUGAAGGAACACAGCCAGUCGUUUGUCAUCACCAUCUUCCUCAUGAACCUGGUCAUCCCGGCCAUCAUCAUCAUCUCGUGCUACUCUGGCAUCGCUCUGAAACUAUACGUCACCUACAAGUCUAUGGAUGACAGCAAUCGCAUUCCCAACAUGAUAAGAAUGCAGCGCCGGCUCAUGAUCAUCGCUGUGUUGAUCAGUUUCGGGUUUAUCGGCUCUUGGGCACCAUAUGGAAUCGUCAGCCUGUGGUCCAUCUACCGCUCUGGUGAUUCAAUCCCACCUGAGGUCAGCAUGCUACCCUGCCUGUUCGCCAAGACUUCCACUGUAUAUAACCCCUUCAUCUACUACGUCUUCAGCAAGACCUUCAAACGAGAGGUAAACCAGUUGGGUCACUUGUGUGGCAGAUCCAACCUGUGCCAUACCUCUGAUGCCAAAAACAUCCCGGAGAAUACCAUCUACCUCGUAUGUGAUGCAAACAAGUCCAAACAGGGAGGAGAGGACCAAUCAUUUGGGAAAGGCAGAGAGAUUGAGACUCAAUUAGUGCUGUAUGAAUAGGAUCUAUGAUUUGCACUCCUAUGGGUGGAUCUGUAUGGUACAUGGUUUGAAGGAAUUUGCUUGCUAUUUUUGCCUGGUUUACGGCAAAUGAAGAACAAAAUGGAGUCCGUGAACUUUUUUGUGUCCUUUUUCAUUAUUCAAGAUGCAAUGCCACUCCAUAUGAUCACAUUUGGAGUUAAAUCGUGUAUCAUAGAAGUGACUUAGCACAAGGCUUAACACAUUGCUACGUUGCACAGUAUUAGCAAGGGGUUACGGUGAUUUAUCUUGGUGGCUUUGAAUUUAAAAAAAGGGAAUUUUUGCACUAUUUCUUUGACACAUCACGCCACACCUCCAAAGGAGGUGCGUCUUGCAUUUUAGUUAAACAUUCAGUAUGUAGGGCUUUAUAUCAGCAUGUUAAGUAAGAUCAAAUGUGGUUCAAGAUAAAUUCAUUAAAAGAGUAGUUCAACCAAAAAUGAAAAUUUUGUCAUCAUUUACUCACCCCCAAACCCAUAUUAUUUUCUUUCUUUUGUGAAAAACAAAAGGAGAUGUUAGGCAGAAUGUUCAAGCUUCCGAUUACCGUACAAGAAAAGCGGAUCGUGAUUUGUACUGGCAAGCUCCAAAAUGGCCAAAAAAGCACGUUAAACAUUUUCCAUAUGACGAUAUAUCCGACAGAGCCUUUUAGAAGACAGGUAGAGAAUUUAUUUUCUGAAAUAUUUUUGCGUUUCCUCACAAAAAGUAUUGCAUUCCCUAGCAAUAGUUUGUGUACCCUCGCAAUACAUUUUGCAUUCCCUUAGAAUUAUUUUGGGUUCCCUCACAAUAGCUUUAUCCAUCCCUCACGAAGAUCAGCCAUGGUUUUACUACAGUAACCGUAGUUGAACUAUUGCAUUUGUUGUUAAACAAGUCUGAUCUCAUGAAAAUGUGUUACCAUGGUAACAUUACACGUUUUGCUGCAGUUUCCCUGUAAAAGGUCCAGCGGGGGGGGGGGGGGCGCGCCAAGCGCGAGUGAAAUGGAGUCAUAAUCAGAUGAGGUUGUAGAGGUGAAUGUUAGAGGUUUUAAAAAGUAAAACAUACCUCCUUAACCUAAAACUUCAAUCUAAACCUAACCAAUGGUGUCCUAAAUGCUAAUGAGAUGUGAGCAAAAAAUACCUCCUUACCCUAAACCAACCCUUUAACUGCUAGUGUCCUAAAAGCAAAUGAGAGGUAAACAAAACAGACAUCCUAAACCUGACCAGUAGUUUCCUUAAAGCAAAUGUGACAUAAAAAGCACAUUUUCUAAAGCAACCACGUUAUUUUGUGUUGCUUCAAUGACACUUUCGUCUUACGUGUCACAUUGUGUGCUUGGCUGCGCUCGAAUCGCGGUCUUCCAAAUUCCAAGUCCAACACUUUAUCAGGUGAGGUACCGCAAGCUAAUCAUGUUGGAAUAAAUGUGUAAAUGUAGGCAGGUCUUUAACACAAGCAUUAAAAUAUGUAAUUUUUCAAAUGAUGCGUUAGAGUAAAAGUGUUUUGAAAUCAUAACAUAGCAAUGUGAGCAACAGAGGAAAAAUUAGUGUUUAUAAUGUCAUAAUCAGCCAUUGUACUUGUGAUUUGUGUGAAAGUGAAUUAAACAUACAGUUGUUGUAGAGCCUAUAACACAAAACCCACAAACACACAUUUGUAGUAACCAUAAAAAUUACCAUGGUUUUACAACAGUAAUCAUAGGUCAACCAUGGUAUUUGUAGUAAAACCAUAACCACAUAUGGUAAUAGUUACCAUUUCUUGUAUUAUUACUAUGGUUUUACUACGAAUAUCAUGGUUAAAAUAUGGCUAUUGUACAAUAGUAAAACCAUAAUAAGUUUUGUGGUUAUUAGGGUUUUACUAAAAAUACCAUAGUUGAACUAUUGUUACAGUAGUAAAACCAUGGUUAAUUUGCAUAAAGGAUUGAUAAAGCUAUUGUGAGGGAAUGCUAAAAUAUUUCAGAAAACAAACUCCCUCUCUGUCCACUAAGGGUCUCAAUAAUAUCCAAAGUCUUCUAUUAUGUGAUAGAUUUCAGUAAGGAACAGACCAAAAUUUUAAUUGUUCACUGAUAAUCUUCCCUUCUACCAGAACUCUCAAUUCUCAUUCUUGUGUUUAGUUCAGUUCUAAAUAUCACAUUUAGACACGUCAUACCAGGUUUGAUGUCACUGAUGUUAAACAGCAUUGAUUCUUGCAUGCCACGUGCUGAUUAUGACUUGGCAAGAAAAAAUAAGCAUAUAUAUAACAUAUGAAAUCUGAUUAAUUUGUGGUUAAUUGAAAAUGAGUCGAAUGGACUACUUUUUCGAGCUUGUCAGUAUAAAUCACCAUCCAUUUUUGUUGUAUGGCAAAGAGUAGCUUAGACAUCCUGCCUAACAUCUCAUUUUGUGUUUCAAAAAAGAAAAUAAUAAUUCGGGUUCGGAAUGACAUGAGGGUAAGGGGCCAUUCAGACCGAACUUGUUUUUACGCUAAAAAACGCUAGGUGUUGCACAAUGAAUAAAACUGAAUGUGAAUAGAAUAUCGAGACAUGUUUCUAAAAGUUUAAAUUCUAGACAUGGGAUCUAAAAAACAGCUAGACAUAGGUCAACAUUCAAAGAUGUCUGUCCAACGAACAAAAAAGGCAUCUGGCCCCUAAAUGGUGACAAAUGGUGACAUUUUUAGGUUCCCUUUCAUUUGAACUUAUUCCUUGUUAUUUCAUAAUGGGACUGAUCACUUUGUGGUUUGUCUGAAGUGUCCUCAUUUUAUCAUGUUAAAUGAAAACGUGUUGAAUUGUAAAUGUAAUCUGUUUGAUGCAAAUAAAAUGUGUU